AUGUCGACUACGAUGCCGGCGAAGCGUCUGGGAACGUACCACGUCCACGGUCCGAUUCCGGAAAUGUUCAUGCAUACAAUGGACUCCGGACUAGGCCAACUUUCCAAUCAUCUUAUCUUUAAGCUUCGUCACACUCGAAUUCCGAUGGCCGUUCUCUAUGGAGUUUUCCUCUACAUGGGCAUUUCAUCACUUCGGGAUGUUCAAAUGGUACAACGUACCUCUCUCUUCUUCAUGCCCAUCAAAUAUCAGCCUGAUUACACCUUCUUGCGGUGA